CUGGCCGGCGAUUGGCUUACGGGGAAGGAGAGGCGGGUUGACCGUGGCGCAUCUCGGGACCAAGCCUUGUAUCGUAGACACCGGAAAAACAAACAGGCGCGUAUAGGCCUGUCUGCCGUGCUUGUGCGAUGGCCAGCAGCGCGCAUGGGACUCAAAGCCCUUUCGCGGUUAGCGGCUAUUAUGACGACCAACUUCGUUGCCUUCAGACGCGUCUCCGGGACAGGGUCAAACAGGCUCUAUGAAUGGGGAGAUAAAGCAGCGAAUAAAACCCACUUGAUCUGGAUGGACUAUUGCUGGUAUCACAGCCUGGAUUCUUUUGGCAAAAAAGUGAAACAAAGAGGAUGGAAUUGGAAAGAAAAAUGCUUGAAUACAGUAAAUCUGAUACCUGCACAAGCAACAACAGUGGUUCCAUGCGCCCAGCUGAACCUCCUUAAACCUACUGAUGAUGCACCUGGUUAUUUGCCCAAUAGUGGUAAAAGAGAAUUCAUAUACUGGGGAGUGUGGCUUCAAUUGCUUUUGUUCCCAAGCUACUGUCUAUUAAGAACUGAAUUGAAAUACAGAAAGUUAAAAAAAUACCUAGAAGAAAUAUGUGAGCGUCAGAAAAAGUCUCUGCUUCGAAAUCGAGAUUUGUUGAAGGAAUUUGAUUGCAUUGAAGCUCAUAUUUGGAAGUUUGCUUCAAAAUCAGAGUGCCUUCAGAAGUUGAAGGCAGAGUAUGAAAGAGAAACUAAGAGUAGGCAGAUUCUUGAGAGAAAAAAUAUAUCAAAAAGUGACGAGAGAGACGAUAUUAAAUGCCAGAUGAUGCCAGAAGCAAGACAGGCAGGAAUUAACACCAGGACAGCCAUGUCAAGAGGACUGUAUCGCACAGCAACAAUCUUUAUGGGCCGCCAAAUGUCAGCUGUCUCAAGCGUUGAAGAAUUCAGUGCGCUGCAGAAAUCUUCCGAGCUCACAAAGAGCUUUUCAAUUUCUGACCCAUAUUCACGUAGACAACCAUCACAGAGCAGUUAUGUGACAGACAGCUGUGUAGUACGAACUAAUAGUAAUCUACAGCGCUCAAAUAAGUCUGACAAAAUAGAUGAGAAGACAUAUCUACUGAUGGGCGAGGAAAUGCCAGUCACAUCCAGUGUAUCAUAUGAGAAUGGAAUAACUUGCGGUUUAACAGUAGAAAGCAAGACAAAUAAUUGCAGUAGUAAUUUUGUGGAAAGCAAAAUGUCUCCUGAACUUAACUCCCUGUUACAUGGAAGAUUAAGUCCAGAGAACAGAACCACCGAUUUAAAAAGUGACAGUUCCUGCAAAUCAUUGGAAGAAAUACUGACACAUGAGCACUCUGUACAAAAUGAACAAGGAUCUAAACGGCCAAUCUUAUUGGUGUGUCACCCUGAGCAGCUUGUUUCUGGAAAUGAGCAAUCAAGAGCAAAAUUCCCAGUUCUUGAGGAUUGUCUGCCUCUGGAUGAAAAUGCACAGGAGGAAGAAGGUGAAAGUUUAGAUAGAAGCAGUGACCUCACUGUUACUUUGAGCGAAGAGGAAGAAGAAAUGAAUCCAUUAAAACUACAGCAAAGUUUAGAAGAUAUAGGCUCCAACACAAUAUAUAAUGAGAAAGAACAUCCACUUUCACAGACAUUGUGUCAUAUCUCAAGUGGAGGCUCAUCUGUUAGUCUUGCAAUAAGAAAAUCUUUGUCAUGUGAAGGAUUUGCUCACGUCUUGACAUUCAUAGAACACUUUGUGGCCACAGCAGAUCCUGUAUGCCUGACGUUGUACCAGAGCAAAGCUGUGAAUGCAAUGGAACUGGAGACUGUUAUAAGCAUCUGUAAUGAACGUGGCAGCUUGAAACAAGAAGACCUUGAGGUAUGUGAAGCACUUGUCCUUCAUCAGCUUCAGAGGUUUUUGCAACUUACAAUGAAUGGAUGCCUUUUUCCAGAGAAAAUGCUUAAUGAUGAACGUGGAACACUGGAUGAAAAACAAGUCAGGCCUGAAUUGACAUCUUAUUUUGCAAUGGCAUGGAAACGUUUAAGUGAGCAUAUCUUAUUCUUGCAAAAGCACCAUGUUUUACUCAGACAAGAAGUAAAAGACAUGUUUGACACCUUAUUGAUUUUUGAGAGACAUGAACAAGGUGAUCUGGCUACACCAUUAUUGAAAGAGAGUUUUCCAGAAAAACAUGAAGACAGAUCACUUGCUUGUAGUGAUAAAACAUCUUAUAAUUUGCAGACAAACAGUAGCUCAGUAAAGCGAGACAAAUAUGUACAGUGGCUUGGUAACAAUGUUGAAAGGGGGAAAGAAGUCGCAAGCUGGUGUGAAGAUGAGAGCAAGGAAGAAAGCCUGGUGGAAAAGAUUCCUAUUACAGGUUUGAAUAUUGACGGCAAUAGUUUAAAAGAACAGAAAAGCAAUGGAACCAGUUCAGAACCCAGUUUUUCAUCUCUGGAAAGAAGAAGCCCUUUGUCAAGGGCUGAAAACCAAAGGGGAAUGGUAUCAACAAUAAAAUCCAAAGCCUUCUGGGGUGAUUCUGAUGACAGCAACUCUGAUAUUGAAGCAGCUCUGCGUCCUCAAGAACAUUGCUCACAAAAAGAUGAAUUUGAUGACUUCUAUGACUGAGGGCCUAACAUUACACGCAUGUGCAUAUGCCAAAAAGCCUAAGGGCAGCUUUUCCUAGGGGAUGACUUACAGCAGAGGAACUGUUAGUCUUAACCUUUUGCUUUGUAAACACCGUUUGAAAUCCACAAGGGAGUGAGCAAUUUGCAGCAGGGAAACUGAAGGCAGGGUAUGUCCCCCACUUAAGUACUCCCCCCCAUACCUCUUCACUGUUGCAGAUUGCUCUGCUGAAAGCACUGGGGUUUUUUUUGUUCCAAAAGGUUCAUCAGGCUACUAUUAUAUGUGCACUCACAUAUAAUGUGUAGUUGGACCCAGUUUAAGGCCCAAACAGACAUGAUGUUAUUCACACUUACUAAUUGUGUGAUUUCUGAGUAAUUAGCAACCAUUGGAGGGUGUGUGUGAGAUCCAGACUGAAACUAUGGGAGAUGGUUUUUUUAAACCCUUGCCUUGCUGCAGUCUCGAUCCAGAUUUUCAUCUAACUCUGCCCUAAUGCCAUACACACCAUUUUUGCCCUUUGCCAUUGGGAUGUAGGAGUAAACCAUAUUAUGUCAGAUUUGCAGAUGCAUGCCUCAGCCACAGAAUGUUAUUUUGCACAGUUGCCCCCACCUUUUUCCAGGGCAGCUGGCACCCUUGGUUUUAGGGAGUAGAGUAAUUUUAGAUUAUAGUAAUCACUGUGUUGUUUUAAUUAUUUAAUGAAUUAUUUAAUUGUUUUAAGUGAUGUUUUCAUGGUAUUUAAUAUCUCGCAGUGUUUUUCAACCUUUGGUCUCCAGAUGUUGGUGGACUACAACUCCCAUCAUCCCUGACCAUUGACCAUGCUGUCUGGGAAUGAUGGGAGUUGUAGUCCCACAACAUCUGGAGACCCAAGGUUGAAGAACAAUGUUUGUAUGUACUCCAUCCUGGGACCUCACACUGAAGGAUGGGUAACAAAUUAAACAAAUCUCAGUAAGAAAGGGAGGUCUUUCCCCAGUAAUUUUUUAAGAAUGUUUUAACUGUAACUGUUUUAGAAUGCUUUGUUAUUCCUUUUGGAGGGGGUACUCUGGGCUCCUUCAGGAGUAAGGGCAGAUAUAAAUGUAAUAAAUGAAUAAAUGGAA